AUGGCGGAGAGAGUAGCCGAUACAUUGAUGAGAAUGGAACCAAUGGAAUCAGGUUCUUUUGUGUUGAUGUCCAACUUGUAUGCUGAGAAAGGGGACUGGGAAAUGGUAGCAAAAGUUAGGAAAGGGAUGAGAGGUAAAGGAGUGAGAAAGGAAGUGGGAUAUAGUUGGGUGGAUACUGGUGAUGGUGAUGGUUCCUUGUAUCUGCAUGGGUUUUCAUCAGGUGAUACAUCCCACCCAGAGUCUGGGGAGAUAAGUAGAAUGGCAAAAUGUCUAGGAUUAGAGAUGAAAAUUCUGAGAGAGAACAUGUGGGAGACAAAUUCACUGAAAAUGAACUCCUUCUCAAGGCCCACUUUGAAGGCUUGA